CCCGGAAGCACUCUGAAUUUUUAACCAGUCACAGCAAUUCAUUCGUUGAUGUACAUCGCUCACACCGUCAGAAGGAAGAGUCGUGAUUUUUAGAAGAUACCGAAACACCCCCUUCCCCUCACAGCAUGGCUGCAGAACUGAUGGUGAUUGACGACUCUCUGUACAGCCGCCAGCGUUAUGUACUUGGAGACAGUGCUAUGCACCAGAUGGCCCAGUCCUCAGUCUUCCUCAGUGGAAUGGGAGCACUGGGAGUGGAGAUAGCAAAGAAUAUAACCCUGGCUGGUGUAAAGUCCCUUACGCUUCAUGACACAAAAAAGUGCGAGACCUGGGAUCUGGGCUGCAACUUCUUUAUCCGCAGCGAGGAUGUGUUGAGUCAUAGAACCAGGGUGGAGGCAGUCUGCCCUCGGGUUGCUGAUUUAAACCCAUAUGUCCAAGUUGACAUGACCUCCUUGCCUGUGGAUGACAACAGUGAUCUAAGUUUUCUCAGAAAAUAUCAAUGUGUAAUUUUGACAGAGGCCAGUUUGAGCCUUCAAAAGAAAGUGGAUGCCUUCUGCCACUCCCAGCAGCCCCCCAUUAGAUUUAUCUGCGGUGAUGUGUACGGCAUCUGUGCACGCCUGUUUUGUGAUUUUGGGGAAGAGUUUGAGGUGUCCGAUCCCACAGGAGAGGAGCCCAAAGAAAUUUUUAUCCAAAGUAUCACUCAGGAUAAUCCUGGGAUUGUAACCUGCAUGGACAACCGCCCCCAUGGCUUACAGACGGGUCAGAGUGUUAUUUUCAGGGAGGUCCAGGGGAUGGUGGAGCUAAAUGGGACUGUGCGACAGGUCACAGUCCUUUCUCCUCACAGCUUCGAGAUAGGAGAUACAUCACAACUACAAUCAUACGCACAUGGUGGUUUCUUUGUAAUGGUGAAAACCCCCAAGACGUAUUCUUUUGAUACGUUAGAAAAACAGCUGUGUGAUCCUCAGGUCUUGAUUCCAGACUUCAGUAAACCAGAGGCUCCUCUACAGAUCCACGCUGCCAUGCUGGCCCUGUAUGACUUCCAGGUCAAGCACUCUAGACUUCCCAACAUUGGGUGCUCACAGGAUGCUGAGGUUUUACUUAAGCUGACCGAGGAAGUCAAUACAACAAUGUUGAACAAAGUUCCUGUGAACGCUGAGGUGGUUCGCUGUCUGUCUCGGACAGCCAGGGGAACUCUGCCUCCGUUGGCUGCCGCUGUGGGGGGAAUAGCAAGUCAGGAAGUUCUCAAGGCCAUUACUGGGAAAUUUGCACCCCUGCAGCAAUGGUUUUAUCUGGACACCAUCGAGCUGGUCAGGCCUCUUCAGUCUCUUGCUGUUGAGGAGUUUUCCCCUCAGGGUGACCGAUAUGAUGCAUUACGAGCCUGCAUCGGUGAAUCAUUGUGUCUGGAUCUGCACAAGCUCAGGGUCUUUAUGGUUGGCUGUGGUGCCAUCGGCUGUGAAAUGCUCAAAAACUUUGCUCUUCUUGGUGUGGGAUUGGCCAAGAGCUCUGGAGAGGUUUGCGUCACAGACCCAGACCUCAUAGAAAAGUCUAACCUCAACAGACAGUUUCUCUUCAGACCCCACCACAUACAGAAGCCAAAAAGUACCACAGCAGCAGGCGCCACUCUUGACAUCAACCCAGAGCUGCAGGUGGAUGCUCACCUGAACAAGGUUUGUCCAGCCUCUGAGAACAUCUACAGUGACUCUUUCUACUCCUCCAUGAACGUGGUGGUUACCGCGCUGGACAAUGUGGAGGCAAGGAGAUACGUGGACAGCCGCUGUGUUUCCAAUCAAAGACCUCUCUUGGACUCGGGCACCAUGGGAACUAAAGGACACACUGAGAUUAUCGUCCCAAACCUAACAGAGUCGUACAAUAGCCAUAGGGACCCCCCUGAGGAGGAGAUCCCAUUCUGCACUCUCAAGUCUUUCCCUUCGGUUAUAGAGCACACCAUCCAGUGGGCCAGAGAUAAGUUUGAAAGCUCCUUUUUCCAUAAGCCUUCCAUCUACAACUCAUUCUGGCAGACCCACCCUUCAGUCGACGUCGUGCUGCAGAGGAUGCAAGCAGGGGAAAGUCUGGAGGGAUCCUUUCAGGUCAUUAAGCUGCUGAGCAAACGGCCGAGUCAGUGGAAGCAGUGCAUCACCAUCGCCCGUCUGAAGUUUGAAAAGUAUUUCAAAAGAAAGGCCCUGCAGCUGUUGCACUCAUUCCCUCUGGAAACCAGGUUAAAAGAUGGGAGUUUAUUUUGGCAGUCCCCGAAAAGACCCCCAGCACCAAUUGAUUUUGACUUGAAAGACCCAUUGCACUUCACUUUCAUUGUCAGCACAGCACGGCUCUAUGCAGAGGUUUAUAAUAUUGCCUUCUCAGAAAAAGAUCUUUCUGAAGACGCUGUGGCCAGGAUUCUUUCUGAUGUCAAGAUUCCUGAAUACAGACCCUCAGAAAAAUGUAUAGAGACGGAUGAGACGGCAAGGAAGCCAGACGCCAUUAAGAUGCCUCUGAGCAGCGAAGAGGAGAGGGAAGCCAUCGCACAACUUGAGCAGGCAAUCGUUGAUAACAAGGUCACACCAGAGGGUUUACAGAUGAGGCCCCUUCAGUUUGAAAAAGACGACGACCGCAACGGUCACAUUGAUUUUGUCACGUCAGCGUCGUCCAUCCGAGCCAGGAUGUACUCCAUCGAGCCAGCGGACAGGCUGAAGACCAAACGCAUCGCUGGGAAGAUCAUCCCCGCUAUCGCUACGGCAACGGCUGCUGUGGCCGGACUGGUGGCGCUGGAGUUGAUCAAGGUGGUCGGUGGCUAUGAAUUUGAAUCGUUCAAAAACUGCUUCUUCAACAUGGCCAUUCCAGUAGUGGUGCUCACUGAGCCCGCCCCGGUUAAAAGGACGCCCAUCAGGAACAAUAUCUACUUUUCCAUUUGGGACUGUUGGACUAUCUUCGGUCACGAGGACUUCACUCUGUCUGACUUCAUGAAUGCAGUGAGGGAAAAGUACGGGAUCGAACCGAGCAUGGUUGUCCACGGCGUAAAGAUGCUCUAUGUGCCUGUGAUGCCAGGACAUUCUAAAAGACUGAAAUUGACGAUGCAAAAGCUUAUCAAGCCAUCAGCAGCCCGGCACUAUGUGGACCUCACCGUGUCAUUUGCUCCAGAGUCGGAUGGAGACGAGGACCUCCCAGGUCCUCCUGUCAGAUACUACUUCAGCCCGGACAGCAAGGCGCCCUGACAGCUCCAGAGAUGUCGCCCUCAAAAACCUACUGUGUCCUUAUCUCUCUUAAUUAAAGCACUCUGUUGUACUCCACUCCCCCCAUCAGGAACAGGAGCCUUUAGGGACAAGAGUUCUCCCUGCAAGCUUCUUUAAUUUGAAUGCGACAAAGCUCCCAUCCCCGGCACCCCCCCUCAUCUCAGAGCUUCAUGGAGGAAGAAAAGCAGACAUGCUUCAAAUGGCCAGAGGACGUCAAAGCUGCUUAAGUAGCACUCAAUACUGUACCUCUCUGUACAUAUAUUCCGGUUUUUACUCAAACGCACAGCUCUGCCUGUGCUGAUGCCUUAAAUCUUUUUGUUUUGACCAAUUUCUUGAUCUGCCUGGAUCUAGAAAUGAGCAAAGGUUUGGUUAUAGGCAGAGUAAAUACUUACCUUUUGCGAUUUGAGUCAACACAUCAUCCCGUUCUUUAUAAAUCAUCUUUCAGUCUUUUUUUUUUGUUCAUAGGAAGAGAUCAUGCUGCUCCAUAGUUAAAAGGGU